AUGACGAAUGCCUUCACGCCCCUCUUUAUCGACGGGACAUCGCGUCCAUCGAGCACCAACGCGCGAUACGACGUGCGCAACCCGUUCUCGCAAGCAGUCAUAGGGCACGCAGCAGCUGCCUCCAGCGAAGACUGCAAAACAUAUUCAUCAAAAGCUUCAGAGCUCCUCACGACGCCCAAGUAUCAAGCGAAAAUCUCAAAAGCGUUGAAGGAGGAGCUGGCGUUUACCGAUUUCAUGGUAGGCUUCGAGCUGAUGGCAUCAGUCUACAACCUGCGCCACAACGCCGCGGUGGUCCAUCAGCUCAAGGAAGAGGUCCAGCCUUCCUUGAUACCCGGCGCGCAGAUGAUGAUACAGAAAAGAACCAUGGGAGUCAUCCUUGCGCUCGCGCCAUGGAACGUGCCCUUGGCGUUGGCUUUCCGCGCCGUUUCCAUUCCCAUCAUCUGUGGUAACACGGUCGUCCUGAAGUGUUCUGCGGUCAGUCCUCGAAUCCAAAGUCUCGUUGGCGAGAUAUUCCAGGAGGUGGGAUUGCCAAAGGGAGUUUUGAACACCAUCUCCAUAGCAGAGGAGGACAUCAGCAAGUGCAUGGCGGAGAUGAUCGCUCAUCCAGCUGUACGAAAGAUCAACUUCACAGGCGGUCCGAACGUGGGCAGAGCCAUCGCAAUGGAGGCUGCAAAGCACCUGAAGCCCUGUGUGCUGGAGCUCAGCGGCAAUUGCCCCGUCCUAGAGGACGCAGACCUCGAAGCCGCAGCACAAGCAAUCACCACCGGCGGCCUGAUGAACACCAGCCAAAUCUGCAUGUCGACUCAACGUGUCAUCGUCCAGCGCGGUGCCUUAAGCUCUCUCACCUCCUCUCUGGUCGAAAGCUUCGGUUCACUCAAAGCCGGAGGCACUGGCAAGGCAUUAUCGUCAUUAGUAUCAGAGGAAUCAGCAGAGCGCGUGCUCAAGAUGAUCCGCGAGGCAAGGGAUACUGGCGCGCGUAUCCUGGUCGGAGACAUAACCAGGCAAAUCUCAGUGGUCCAGCCACAUCUGCUUUCCGACGUCAAACCAGGAAUGGCACUCUGGGACGAGGAGUGCUUCGGACCAGUCGUCACUCUGACCGCAGUGGAUACCAUCGACGAGGCAGUGCAGUUGGCGAAUACGUCCGAUUAUUCCCUCAUGGCAGCAUUAUGGACACAGAACCUCCACACCGCGCUCGAGGUAGCUCCGCGCAUCCGGGCAGGAUACAUCAACAUUAACGGACAGUCGGUGCACGGCGAAGGAGCCAUGGGAGGCAUUGGCGGCCUCUCGGGUUAUGGCCGAUUCACGAUAUCUAAUUUCACCGACGACCGCGUGCUCCUGCUGCAUCCACAGAAGUCACCUGUAUACGCGAUCGCGGGGGCUGUUUGAAGCAGAUCAUAGGCGGGAGACAAUAUGCUCUAAUUUGAUCCAGAAUUUUUUGUUUUCGUAGUGUUCACACUUGUCGACGAUCAGGCACGGCUGCCAAUCCAGGUAUUAGCGGAUCAGUUUGCUUAUUCCUAGACGCUUGAGGCGAUGUUGUCGGUUAUCUUGAGUACAAUACCGAUGAGAAAGCAUUCAUCUAAGUCCAAGG